AUGUAUCUCUUAGCGGAGCAAGUGGGCGGGGCGUCUGCAGACCACGAGGGGGCGUGUCCCUGGAGCCCCACCCCUUCGGAUGGGCCUCCCUCCCCGGGAGGAAGGGGCUUCCACGGCAGCCCUCUUGACUUUUUGGACCCUCUCCUCCCUCCUCCACUGAUGGAGCAGCCGCAGCUUCUGGAGGCCAGUUGUUCCCCUGAGAAGAACAGUGGGAACAAAGCAAUGAUGUUUGGUUUGCCGGCCGGGCCUUGGUUUUAUAAUAACUCGGCGCACCCGGCGAGGAAGGAGAGGCGGGAUUGCAAUCGCUGGUUCGACAAUAUCCUAAGCAACCAGCGGGAGAGGAUUGUGAAGGAGUUGGACGUACAGAAAGUGCUGUCCCCUCUGGUUUGCAAGGAGGUCUUUUCCUGGGAGGACUACCGAGACGUGGUGUCCUGCGAGGAGCAAGCUAUUUCACUGCUGGAGAAGCUGAGCUGCAAAAGUCCCGGGGCCUUGGCAGCCGCCUGCUCCGUCCUGGAGGAGGUCUGCCCUCACUGGCUCGUUUCCGUUCUCCUUGACGCUCAAGGUGGGCUUUCCCAGAGUUCCUUGGAAGACACACCUGAGAACCCCAAAAUGAGAAAAGCUUCAGAAAUGGACAACCACGAUCCCAGCGAAACCAGUGAUGUGGAAGGAAACACUUUACUGGAGGACCCCUUAAACCAUCCCUUCAACAAACACAGGAAGGUGAUCCAGGAGAGGAAUGUGACAAUGCUGAACAGGCCCAUCCCAAAAGACCUGGGUGCUUGA